AUGGCAGCUAUUAAUCUCAAUGGCUACGUGGGUUUUGAUUCCAUCACACAACAAAUUGAAAAGAAGCUUUUGAAACGUGGUUUUCAAUUUAAUGUCAUUGUCGUCGGUCAAACUGGUCUCGGAAAAUCAACUCUCAUCAAUACCAUUUUUGCUGCUCACCUCAUUGAUAGCAAAGGUCGCGUAAAUGUUGACGAACCAUUCAGACAAACAACAGAAAUCCAAACAGUAUCUCAUUUGAUUGAGGAAAAUGGCAUUCGUUUAAGGUUGAAUAUCGUGGAUACACCCGGCUACGGUGAUCAAGUCAACAAUGAAAAUUGUUGGGAACCAAUUAUCAAAUACAUCAAAGAUCAACAUUCAGCCUAUCUUCGAAAAGAACUCACCGCGUUGCGUGAACGUUAUAUUCAAGACACAAGAAUUCAUUGCUGUUUAUUUUUCAUUGCACCCACCGGGCAUGCUCUUAAGCCAAUUGAUAUUGUUGUCUUGAAAAAACUCUCCGAAGUUGUUAACGUAGUUCCCGUAAUUGCCAAAUCGGAUUCGUUAACUUUGCAAGAAAGAGAUGCAUUCAAACAGAGGAUCAAGUCGGAAUUGGCUCAUCAUAACAUCAAGUUAUAUCCAUAUGACAGUGAGGAACUUGAUGAAAAUGAGCGAAAUCUUAAUGAAAGCAUCAAGUCAUUGAUCCCGUUUGCCAUUGUGGGAUCGGAAAAGAAUGUGAUUAUUGAUGGCAAGUCUGUUCGUGGACGACGCAACAGAUGGGGGCAAUUUCCACGAAUUGGCGUCGCUAUUGGUGAUCAAAUUCUUGACUUAUCCUCUAUCUCCUCAUUAUUCGAGAAACAUGUACCAGAACUGAAGAAUCCCGCAUCUGUUUUCUCACAGUCAUCUUUGAACCUGUUCAUGUCACUUGGAAAACCAAUAUGGCAAGCAACACGGAAAUUUCUACAAUUUAUUCUUUCCGCAGAUACUCCCGAAUUACGCGAUAAUCACGAGCUACGCGUAAAAGCAUUUAUUCCUCAGAAAGAUGCUACAUUGCAUUUGCCUGCCACAAUUGGUGAUUACACGGAUUUUUAUGCAUCAAAAGAACAUGCUUCUAAUGUUGGGACUAUGUUUCGUGGAAAAGAUAACGCGUUAAUGCCAAAUUGGAUUCAUUUACCAGUUGGAUAUCAUGGUCGAGCAUCUUCCAUUGUUUUAUCUGGCACAAAUAUUAAAAGACCAAAUGGUCAGAGAUUGAUAGCUAAAGAUCAGCCGCCAAUCUUUGGUCCUUCUUUGAAAUUGGAUUAUGAACUAGAAAUGGCAUUUUUUGUCGGAGUUGGGAAUGAGCUCGGUGAACCAAUUCCAAUUGAGCAAGCCAGGAAUCAUAUUUUUGGCAUGGUUUUAAUGAACGAUUGGAGUGCUCGAGAUAUCCAAGCUUGGGAAUACGUGCCUUUAGGACCAUUUCUUGGUAAAAAUUUUGGGACUAGUAUUUCUCCUUGGGUGGUCACUCUUGAAGCUUUAGAACCCUUUUUGGUGCAAGGACAACAACAAACCGAAGAUUCACGUGGUUCCCUCUUGGAAAUCACAUGGAAUGGACAAAAUGAGAUUGAAUUUGAGGGUGAUAUUAAACGAAAAUUCAUCGAAGAUGAUGAUGAAGUGGUGUUGACCGGAUAUUGUCAAGGUGAUGGGUAUUUGAUAGGGUUUGGUGAAUGCGCUGGUAAAAUCAUAUCAAAUAGAGCAAAGUAA